UGAUGCAAAGAAAGGGUUCUUCCCAUCCUGAUUCUGAGAUGUCUUUCCUUCAACAAUCUAAACCAUUUAUGCUUUUAUAUUUUUUCCUUUUCCUUUGAACCCAUUACAAUAGUAUUCUGGCUUCAAAGAUUAAGAGAAUUAAAACUGAACACCUGUGUUUUUUGUGGCUGUUAGAUGUAUGACACAGACAGGUCUGGAUGCAUCACCAAGGAAGAAGUGGCAUCCAUGCUCAGAGCAUUGCCAGAGGACUGCCUUCCAGCAGAUAUCACAGAACCUGGAACUUUGGAUGAAAUAUUUGAACGAAUGGAUGCUAACACAGAUGGAAAGGUCACCUUCGAAGAGUUCAAAGCUGCCAUGAAGAGAGAUAGCUCCCUCAAAGAUGUAGUCCUCCACUCCCUUCGACCUACCUAAUUUUUGCUACAGCGUGCUAAUGGCAUCUUCCUUUCUAGUCAGUUUGGGAGCAUUCACAUUUGUCUUCAGAACCAUAUGACCUAAUUGGCUCAAAUCAUGUA